AUGGAGAUAUUCUUUGAUAAUAAUUAUAAAAAUAUAUUGAGAAAAUUCAAAUCACCCAUAUUUAAAAAUAAACCUCAGAAAAAUAGUAGUAUAUAUUAUUUUAUAUUAUUUAGCCCCCACCUAUAUUACUAUUCUUUUGAUAUCCCAAUAGCUGAUGUUUUAAUCUUAAGGGGCUUAAAUCUGGAAAGGAGAAUUUUCAAAUCAUUUAGGCAUAAAUUAAAAGAAAUUAUUUUAAUAAAGAGGAGCUCUCAUUCUAGAGAGUUAAAGAGAAUUAAAAUAAAUAUCAAAUAAAUUAUUACAAAAAAAAUGA